UUUAGCAAAGUUGCACCCAGGUGUUUUCACACACCGCCUCGGCUACGACACAUCCUCUCACAUUUCCAUUGGACAAUUCCAUUUCCUCUCCUAAACUGUGUACAGCAAGUGUAUCUUUUGUAUUUGAACAAUUAUUUUCUCGCAUAUAUGAAAGUUAAGUUCCAACUGUUUCCAAAACCAUAUCGCAAGUGAGCCGUAUUUGAACUUAGACAGAGCAUUUGGGCAGCGUCGGGCCAUUUCACUCACAAGUCAAAAUGGGACGUGGAUUGGCUACACUGUAAUGGAAUGGAAUUGGAGUCAUGAGAAUGGCUAAGAGCGCCAUGAUCCCAAAUUGAGGAUGAGGAACACAUCAAAGGACGGGACAGAUCCCAGCCAGCUGUUUGACGACACCAGCACAGCGUCGAGGGUGCAGCCCGCUGGGUUCUCGGGCCAGGGUGUUGGGGCGAUGGGCUACCCUGGCCAGACCAUCCUCUCAGACCCCAUGUCCAACAUGGCCAUGGCGUACGGAAGCAGCCUGGCCAGCCAGGGCAAAGACUUGGUAGACAAAAAUCUGGAUCGUUUCCUCCCCAUCUCCAAACUGAAGUAUUACUUUGCUGUGGACACAGUUUACGUGGGCAAGAAACUCGGACUGCUAGUCUUCCCCUACAUGCACCAGAACUGGGAAGUGAGCUACCAACAGGACACCCCAGUGGCUCCACGCUUUGAUAUCAACGCUCCUGACUUGUACAUUCCAGCAAUGGGUUUCAUCACAUACAUCCUGGUGUCUGGGUUAGCACUUGGAACACAGAACAGGUUUACCCCUGAGAUCCUGGGCAUGCAGGCCAGCUCGGCCCUGGUGUGGCUCAUCAUGGAGGUGCUGGCUGUCCUCCUCAGUCUCUACCUGGUCACAGUCAACACAGACCUCACCACCAUCGACCUUGUGGCCUUCUCCGGAUACAAAUAUGUGGGGAUGAUUGUAGAGGUCGUGGCAGGGUUACUAUUUGGUCGAACGGGUUAUUACCUAACACUGCUAUGGUGCUGUAUAUCCAUCUUCAUCUUCAUGAUCCGCACAUUGAGACUAAAGCUCCUGUCUGAGGCAGCAGCCCAAGGCGUGUUGAUCCACGGGGCCAGGAACCAGCUGAGGAUGUACCUGACCAUGUCCAUUGCAGCCGCCCAGCCCAUAUUCAUGUACUGGUUGACCUAUCACCUGGUCGGGUAAUACCACGAGCUGACCAGGAGCGUUUCAUCUGACAAGACACUACCUCUCUAUGGAAAGUUAAGACUGUUCACUGACCGUCACCUCUCCCAACCAUUCGCUGCGGAGGUGCGGGACACUUGCACAGAUAAAUAAAAACACACAAAUGGCAUUGUGGAAUCAGAAUUGCCAAGUCUCACAGCACAACUGUAACAGUAGGGUUGACUUGUCUUUUUGUAUAGUUUUUUAUGUAAUUGUCUAAAAGUAAUAAUUGACUGGCUUGUCAUGUUUUGUAUACUGUAAUUUAGUCAAUUAUGUUUUCUAAGCAUUUGUGAACAUAUGGUUGUAUAUUAGCAAUCUAGCUUGGGCCCUCAAUCUCAAAAGCUUUGACUGAGCCAAGGAUGGAAGCACAGUUAAGGCAAAUGUAUAGCCUAUGUAAGUAUGCGACGCAAUUAGCUACGCAAAACGUCUGUCCUGCAGGAUUGCAUUGCCGAAUUUGCAGCCUAAAAUUUGUAACGUGUCACAACUACGCAGGGAAGCCAUUUCGCGUGACUAAUUGUGUUCUUGCGUUACACACUUAGGUUGACUGAAGGGCUUUAGCAUAAUUUGCCUGCGCCGUCCAGUCAACACAAAAAAAGCACUCUGUCCUUAUUCAUAGGAUGAUGUAUUUAAACAGAUUUGUGGAUGUGUUGUUUGUAAAUAAGGGGGGGGAAAUUGUACAUGUCUGACGUCUUGGUGACACACUGAAGCCCAAAUAAAGGCUUUCUAUCAUGUAACAAAGUCAUUUAGAAAUCUUACAUUACAGCUGAUGCUUUUUUAAAUAAGCUUGACAAAAAAACAUGAGCAUAUGACACUGUAAUUGAACAUGACAAAAUAUACAAAGGUUUAGAUGUUAUAAUUACUAACUUCCAUUUGAAAUGUAGGCUUAAUUACUAGAAAUAUCAUGCUAAAAUGGUGUUGCGUUGCCAUGCUUCAAUUGCUUUUAUGAAUAAUUGAUAUACAGAAACGUAAUAACAUGGAUCCUCUUAUGCUCUCUACAACCUGAUAAAUAAACUGAAACUGGAGUACA